AUGGCAAAUCCGUUAUUCUCGCUCGAGGGCGAGACAGCCCUGAUAACUGGUGGUACGAGGGGCAUUGGUCAAGCUGUAGCCGUUGGAUUAGCGGAAGCGGGUGCCGAUAUAAUACUAAUCCAGCGAUCCGAAGCAUCAGUCGAAACCAAAAACGCUGUCGAGGCUCUCGGUCGAAAUGUACACGUUUACACCGCAGAUCUCUCCAAUAAAGAUGAUGUAGAAGGCUUGGUGCCACGAAUCCUAGCAGACGGACACACGAUACGAAUUCUAGUAAAUUGCGCCGGAAUUCAGAUACGACAUGCACCUGAAGUCUUCCCUGGCGCCGAUUUCCGAGCUGUUCUAAAUGUGAACUUGGACGCUGUAUUUACAUUAUGUCGAGAAGCGGGAGCGCAUAUGUUAUCCCUCGAACCCUCCGAAACGACGGGUCGUCGGGGUAGCAUAAUCAAUUUCGCGAGUCUACUAUCGUUCCAAGGAGGUUUGAAUGUGCCCGCAUAUGCAGCAAGUAAAGGCGCGGUGACCCAAUUGACCAAGUCUUUUGCAAACUCGUGGGCUAAGAGAGGUGUCAAUGUGAACGCUAUCGCUCCGGGUUAUAUUGCGACGGAAAUGAACACGGCUUUAAUCAAUGAUGAGGCAAGAGCUGCAAGUAUAAGCGAGCGCAUUCCGGCUGGACGGUGGGGGAACCCCGAUGAUUUUAAGGGAACCUCCGUGUUCCUAGCAAGCAAGGCGAGUGACUAUGUCAGCGGACAUACGUUGGUUGUUGAUGGUGGGUGGAUGGGCCGGUAA